AUGGCUGCCGCUACCGCACACACAAAAUGGCCAGAUGUCGGAGACGUACCACAGUGGUUGAAGAGCUGGCUGGACAAGUACUUCAGACUGGCAGAUACUCAAGGGGACGAAGCGAGUAAUCGCGAGUUCGCCACUCAGUUUGCUGAGAACGGCGUCCAGCAUGGCUUGGGCGCUCCGCUACAGGGUAGAGAAGGUAUGACUCUCUGCAGCAUGAGCGUUUUACAGAGUGAAGCUGAACAAAAGACCUUGGCUAAAGCAAUUGCCAAAAGUCGACCAGGUGGAUGGAAACACUUAGACUGGCGUAAGCAUGAGGUGGUCCAAGUCUUCACAGCCCGAAAGGACUACAGCGACGUCUUGAUGCAGGGCAAGAUUACGGCUAUCUUCAAAAACAAACAAGAAUUGUCGGCUGAGUUCACAGCACAAAUUGUAUUCGAAGAUGUCUCUGCGGCUGAACCCAAGGCUCUCUUAUACAAGACCUGGGCUGAUACCGCUCCAUGGGUCAAGGCUAUGGAGGCCAACAAGUAG